AUGGAAGAUAUGACCAUGUCUGCGAUAUUCUGCUGCACUACUCCAUCUCCCUAUCAGCCAUCACAUCUUUUGCAUGAUGAAAAGUUCGAGCCUUUUGUCUCGUGGGCUAAACGAUCCCAGUCUUCUCCCGCUGCAGACUCAAUCCAGUACUUUCUAGACUCCAAAAAUUUGCCAGCUUUUGCGGUUCAAUUGGUUCAACAAGUCAAUUAUGGCGCCCUUGAAUCCAAACGAUAUUUCAUCCCAUCUCCCAGCAUCUGCACCCCCGCAGCAGACCGGGUCGGUAUUGAAUUUGUGGAGGUUACCGAGCAAGACCUGAUAACGGGUAAUUUUCAAAAGCUCAACUCUUACAAGAAUUUCAAAUGUACCACGCAUAACAAGUUCUUCGAAGUCAAUCUCAACCAAAAGGAUCCCAUCAAUCAGCAUCACUGGCGGGCCAAUAUUGCGAGACCAUCACAAGAUAUCGAUCUAGCUCUCAGGGAUGGUAGCUGCAAGAGACAGCACCCCACAGGAGAGAACAAGAAUCCGAAGAAUGCGUCAUUUCUUCUUGAAGGCGAAGCGUCAACAUCUCAGGACGUCGAUCAAAAUGCCACCAAAGCAACAGAUCCUUCGAUUUUGGUGCCCGUUCUUGGGUUCUUACUCUCAUCCGUUAGAGCAGAUCUUGGGUCGAGCAGUCUCGUAUCAUUACUAUACGGCUGGAAUAUUACCGAUGCAUCGAAAUCUACUUCUAAAACAGAUGUCCUUGAGGAAUGUUUGCGCAAAAACAAAUUUUCACGAGGAAAGCCGGGCAACGAGGAGGUCGAAGUGAGCCAGAAAGUCCCACUGGACGAGGAUGAGGAGUUGAAAUCAAAGAUUCGUAUGAGUGGGUAUCAAUACGAAAAUAGAAAUCGCGGUGACCAGGUCUACGAUUAUGAUUUUGAACCCAUACAAGAUUAUACAGCCUGUGACAAGGAGUGUGGAUACUGCGGAAACUGUGAUUAUUAG